AUGCCUCGUCAGAACUUUGUGGGGAUCGUGGUGUCCCAAGGGAAGAUGCAGAAGACCAUCAAGGUCCGUGUCCAGCAGGGGGAAUUCAACAAACUUAUCAACAAACGACUUUUGGGGCGUAAGGAUUACUUGGUCCACGAUGAAGGAGAGAUUUGCAGAGAGGGGGAUAUGGUGAGAAUUGAAGCCACUAGACCAUUGUCUCGUCAUAAAUCGUUUGCCGUGGCCGACAUCCUCAAGAAUAAGGGUCAACAAUACGCGCAGUUCCAGAGAGAUGCCAAAACCAUUGUGGCACAAGAAGAAGCGGCAAAGACUAGAGAGUUUUUGGAAAAAAGAGGAGAAUAUAAUAGCAAUGUGGUAAAUAAAUCGGGGAUGAUCAACGAUAUGUUAUUUUUGGAUAAAGUGAGCUCGAAUCCUGAGGCUAGUGCUGAAGAUUUGCAGAAGCAGCUGGACUUGAUGAAGAAGUACAAUCUUUCUAGUUGGCCAACCACCAAAAUGUUUGAUUUGGACGUGCAAGUGUUGAGAGCACAAAUACAAAAAGUACAAGAGCAAGUGGAACAACACGAUGAAAACAAUAGUAAAGUGAGUGAUAAAGUGAGUGAGAUUCUCGGUGAUGAAGGGAAGUUGACGGCGAUUUUUGAGAAAUUGGGCCGUGGUAACCCAGAUAAAUUAAAGGCCAAUGUGCGUAAGAACUUGGUGAGAAAGUAUGUGAUUAAUGAAUUGGGGUUGUAA